AUGAAUGCUUUAGCGGCUCUGCAGGCGGGGAUUGCAAAAAAGCGAAAGGAGCGAAGUUCGGGGCCAUCUUCCGAGUCAGCCGACCGACCAGCAAAGAGAUGGCGUUCGAAGGCGGAGGUCGAUGAACAGCAACGGCGGGAGUACUACCAGCGCGAAAAGGAGGAGGCAGAGCGUAAACGAAAAGAGAAAGAAAAGGCUCGGGAGGCAAACAGUACGUACGCCGGUGACGGCAGCGGUCAGCUAGGAUCACUCUGGGAGAGAGGGCUCGUUUCGUCCGCUGGAGAGAAGGGCAAGCCUGCUGCAAAAGGCGAUCAGAAAGGGACCGCCACGUCGCGUUCUGGGGACCGCGAGGGAAAUCCUCCGCUGUCGAAGGGAGAAGUUGUAGCGCGGUUACGGGGUCUCAAAGAGCCUGUGACAUUGUUUGGGGAGGACGACUGGGAUCGAUUUGAUCGACUACGGGAAGUGGACCUUGCUCGAGAAGAGGGUUCCAAGGGACAACGGAACCUGUUUCAAAAAAGAUUGCGAGAGAUGGAAGCAAAGGAUGCCGAGGAAGAUAUGUAUAAUUACGCAGACGCCAAGCUCCCGGAGUUAAACAAGAAAGCCAUCAAGAAGGAUAAAAGUGCUCGCCCCAAUUUUGAAUCCACACUUGGCACCCCAAAUUGCAAGGAGGACUACGUCUACCUUGAGAUGCGCAAGUACAUGGGAUUAUGGGCUUCGGAGAUCGAGUCAAUAUCGAAGGAGGAGCGAAGAACAACGAAGGGUCGCUCUUUGGUCGUAACGUACGAAGAAACGAAGGAUUGGCUGAAACCUUUGUAUCGGCUCCUCCGGAAGAGAAAGCUCCCCAAGAAGAUUCUUGAUCCUUUGAAAGGCAUUUUCGAGGCUGCGGCGGAGCGAGAAUACAUUCGAGCAAACAGCAUAUACCUGGAGCAGUUGGCCAUUGGAAAAGCGCCCUGGCCAAUGGGGGCCACAAUGGUUGGCAUCCAUGCAAGAGCAGCCCGUGAAAAAAUUGGCGAAGACAAGAUUGCGCAUGUCAUGAAUGACGACCGAGCUCGAAAGUACAUUCAAGGCGUGAAACGCUUGUUGACGGUGGCGCAGAGGCAUUUUCCAACUUCGUUCUCAAAAAUGAUUUUGUAA